AAAAAACCCACAAUUGUUACGUAAAAAAUAUCAUCAGCUGCAAAUAAAAGCAUACGUAGAUUUAUUUAAUUAUUAACAUUGUUCAAAAAGAGCGGAUAAUAGAAUAUUCGUGUGAUAUAUUUACAAAUAUGACAAACUGUAUUUCUACAACAACUUUCACAGCGUCUAUUGCGUUUUUCGCUGUCGGCGCGUUACUUUUUUUGGGAACUGCCAUAUGUUGGAUACAUCUCGUCUGCAAAAGAAGGCGCAAAAUAAUGAAAGCUCACAAGAGACCGCUGCCAUUGACACCUCCUUCAAUGACAUUGGAGGUUACGGCAUCAGGGGCCUAUAUAGAUCUACAAGACAUGAGUACCAUUCAAUAUGAAUCUGUAAAUGCCACAGCCGGUGCCAAACCACCCGAGAUGAUUCAAUACAUACCACGUGAUGCUAUGCACGAGACUUUUGAUGGUUCCCGAAUGCCCUGUACAGAGGCCCCUCAACCGCCCGACCACCAACCAGCUAUAAUUAGUAACAAGCAUGAAAACCAUGAAAACGUGACAAAUGAAACCGGAAGUGGACGUGAUGAAACGGACGUGACGCACGGUUAUGUAAAUGAUAACCAAGGUUUGGCAGAAGACAGUGACGUUCACGACUUUGAGAGUACUUAUGAAAAUGCCGUAAAUCGAGACAGACCACCGACAAUACCAGGACGAAAACCAUUAAAUGAAAUGAAGAAAUCGACUUCGGCAUGAAGAUGAAGAAAACGAGGCAGAAAAAAACCAACACUUCAAUUUGUUUAAAAAACAACAACAUGACGUUGUAAUGUUUAGCUGUUUUUUUCUGGACAUUUGACAUUAGAACGAUGCUACUCAGUUUUUUUUCUAAACUUGACUAAAGAUAUACAAUGUAAAAAAGAGAGAAAAAAAUUAUGUACUGUACAUUAUACUUUAUUUUAACUUUUAUAAGUUAGUAUUCUUUAUGAACUACUAAACAUACGGCAUUUUUCCUUAUUACACGUUUAGAGAUAAAAUGGAAACAGUUUUCAGCCCCGUUUGUAAAUAGGCAAUUUACCUUUUGCGACAAUAAAAUUGUACAAAACACAA